UUAAACCACAUCAAAGAAGAAGAAGAAGCCAUAACACUAUAGGAGAAAAUUAGCAUUUUUUUGUGUAGUAAAGAAAGACCCACAGCCUGAACUAAAUUGGCUCCCCAACUCUCAUUCGACUGAAAAUGUCUAAACUACAGUCGUUUCGUGUGUUUUUAAAUGAGCGCUUAACGGAGGCUGCUGUGGAGAUUUUCGGUGCAGUUGAGAAAGCGGUAGUGGAGUACCAGGAGGAGAAUGAUCGGUUACGAAGAAUGCUGCGAAUCACACCGGAGAUAAAACUAUGUGGAAUAGGCUCCCUGCAGCUCUCUCUUGCUGUCUCUGAAGAGGCGGUUCCCCCUGAGCAGCAGCACUGUGAGCAGGAGUGGAGCCACAGUCUGGAGCAGGAGGACACAGGGCACACACAGAUUAAAGAGGAACAGGAGGAACUCUGGACCAGUCAGGAGGAAGAACAGCUUCAAGGGCUGGAGCCUGAUAUCAUAGAGUUCAAAUUUACUCCUUCCUGUGUGAAAAGUGAAUGUGAUCAGGAGGUCUCACUUCAGUCGUUAACUCUUCCCCUAACCCAGACUAUGGAGAACAGAGAGCGUGACUCUACACCAGUGGAUCUCAAACCUUGUGGCACUGUUACCAACCUGAAGGGUCUUGACAUUCCUUGUGACCGUCCAAGUGAUCAAAACAAUGCCUCCGGCCACAGCUCAGCCGUAAGCAGCCACCCAGUAGGACUUUACAGCAGCCCACCAAUGGAUGCCAACGCACCAUUGGGGGAACGCCGUUCUAAACCCAGCACCACAUCUAUACAUAUUCACUGCUGCCAUGACUGUGGUGAAACAUUUGCUCUGAAAGCUGACCUGCAGAGGCAUUUGACUAACCCCAAGAAGAGACCCAAUGAAUGCCGCUUGUGCAAAAAACACUACAACUCCACCUGUGAACUGAAGACCCAUGUUCGACUCUGUCAGGGUGGGAAACCCUGCCUUGUUUGUGGCGAGACCUUCAGAUACAAAGGAGAUCUGUCCAGGCACAUGAAGACUCACAAAGGAGAGAAACCAUUCAGCUGUAGUGACUGUGGGAAAAGUUUCAAUCGCAAAGAGUACCUAACCGAACAUAUACGGACUCACACAGGAGAGAAACCAUUUAGCUGUGGCGUCUGUGGGAAAACCUUCAGUCAAAGGGGAGCCCUAGGGAGGCAUAUACGGACUCACACAGGAGAGAAACCGUUUAGCUGUGGCGACUGUGGGAAAAGAUUCCGGCAGAAGGGUGACCUAGGGAAGCAUAUGUUGACGCACACAGGAGAGAAAAUAUUUAGCUGUGGUGACUGUGGGAAAUGUUUCAGUCGCAAUCAUACUACCUGAUCAGUUACGGACUCAUACAGGGGAGCAGUCGUCACAGCUAAACGGUUUAAGGGUGGAGGCAUAUAUUGACUCACACAGGUGAUAAGCACACGGUUGCUCAGUUUGUGGGUGAACAUUCAUUCGUAAGGCUCAUCUGCUGAAACACGUGAAUCACGUCCACGAAGAAAGAAAUCAGGACAAAAGCGGAAAGAAAGAAAAGUUUUACGUUUUUGUCAUGUCCACAGGAUAAGAAAAAAGAACCUGCACACUGCUCUUGCUAGUAUCAUUUCUCUUUAUUAAGCUUUACGUAUCAGCCUCAAGGCCUUUGUUAGAGCUUUGAGGCCGAUCCGUCAAGCUUUAAUAAGGAGCGGUGAUGCUAGCAAGAGCAGUGUGCGGGUUUCUUCUUUGAUCUUAUCUUAUUCAACUGUUACCAUGCACCUGCAACAAAGAUGGCGCAGAUGUGCGAGUGCCUUUUUUCAAAUUUAAAUGCACAGGAUCUACAUGGUGUACAAUAAAAUGCUUACUUGCAGGUUCACCUCCUUGACAAUGCAACAACAAUAGAAUACAAGUAUAACAAUAAUACAAAUAAAGGCUCAAUUGAAUAACAAUAAAAUAAAUAUAAAUACAAGGAGGCCACUCAAACAAAUUUACAGUAGAAUAUUUACACGUGUGUUAGGGAAGGGGAAUGUGGAGAGCAAAGUGUUGCAUUGUGCAAUAGUUAAGCAAUAAUAAGUUGAUGUUUAGUAGUAGCAGCAGUCAUGGUGUACGUGCAUGUGUGCCACCGUGUGGCGAGUCGGUGCAAAGGAGCUGUUGGUGUGCAGGUGGUCAGUGCCAGUUCAGGUGUUCAGCAGUCUGAUGGCUUUUGGGUAGAAACUGUCUCUGAGCCUGGCUGUCCGAGACACAACGCUCUGAUCCCGUCUGCCCGACAUUUAAGGGAGUGAACAGUCAGUGGGCUGGGAUGUGUGGGGUCCUUGAUAAUAUUACGGGCCUUUCUCGGGCACUGCUUGGGGAAAACGCCCUGUAUGGGUGGGACCACGGUCCCAAUGAUGGACUGGGCCUUCUAGACCAGAGUGGUGGUGUUGACCGUUGUGAAAAAAAGUACUACUUAAUCACCACACAAAACAUAUUUGUGCAGUAGUGACUAUGUAGAGACUUGUAGGAAUUGUGUAGUUUAUGCACUAUUCAAGACACAAAAGUAGGGUUCAAUAGGAAAACACUAGUGUUUCCUGUAGUAAUCAGGUAGA